AUGGCAUCACUCCGUUUUGCUGCCGUGCCGAUAGUACGACGAUGCCUCUCAAGAAGCUCUCCGCGUCCAUUACAAGCUCAUACAAGCCAUGGCAUCCGGUGCCUGGCUACGAGCCCAUCACUGCGUAAUACCUCGUCAGCAGCGCAGAUGCAAAUCUUCCGCGAUGUCGCGCCGUUGCGCGACUACAGCCGACGUCUUCGCUCCGCCAAUCGCACAGUUGGCCUUGUCCCAACCAUGGGUGCCCUACACGAGGGCCAUGUCUCGCUCAUGCGACACGCAGCCGCUGAGAACACCGACGUCUUCGUCACCAUCUACGUGAACCCUACACAGUUCGGACUGAACGAGGAUCUCGCCUCAUACCCGAAGACAUGGGAAGCAGAUAUGCAGGUGUUGGAAAAAUUGAACCAAGAGCUGGCAACCGCAAACCAGGGACGUGUAACAGCUGUGUUCGCACCAACCACAAAGACAAUGUACCCUACACUGCCGCCCGAUAGCAGUAUACCGGGUGCAGGAAGCUUCAUCGAGAUGCGCCCGCUUGGCCAGCUUCUUGAGGGCGCGUCAAGACCUGUUUUCUUCCGCGGCGUAGCAACAGUCUGUAUGAAGCUCUUCAACAUCUGCGCCCCAGAUCGCGUCUACUUCGGCCAGAAAGAUGUCCAGCAAACCCGCGUCAUAAAGCGGCUGAUUCAAGACUUCCACUUGGACAUGAAUCUGCGCAUUGUUCCUACCUCUAGGGAAUCAGACGGACUUGCACUAUCUUCGCGCAAUGUGUAUCUCGGUGCACGGCGUCGCAAUGUUGGCAUCGUUCUCAACCAAGCGCUUCGCAAAGCAGAGCUACAGUACAAAAAUGGUAUGAGGCUUCGGAACGACGUCCUCUGGCCUGCGUUCGACCACGGCGACAUGACACUGCUCGAGCAAGAGCAGAUGGAACCCAGCAAACGCGCCAAGUUUGAGGUCGAUUACAUUAGUCUUGCAGACCCUGACACCAUGGAGGAGAUUGAUCAAAUCGACGAUUCGAAAGGUGCCAUUCUCAGUGGUGCGGUAAAAAUGCUGCCGGUCGAAGAACCGCAAGACGGUGAGGAUUUAGGUCAGCUGGAUGCUGAAGGUCGUCAGGUACCUGUGCGCUUGAUUGACAACAUAGUUUUGGACCCAAUGAGAUAA